UCUUCGCAAACUUGGGCAUUGACCGCUUCUGGAAGUUUGCUGAUCUGCCGCAAUUGCAUUGGACCUUAUUUGCGGACGCAGGGUAUUCCAAAGCCCCGGACGCUUGCACCGUUGUCUCCUUGACCUUAUAAGGGUGUUACUUCACUCUUAUCUCCCGACAGCGGACGAGAGCCAAUGGCUAACAUGCCACCUACCAAUCUAUGGAAACUGCUCAAGUGCACCUCGUGCAAUCAACCUGCCGAUCGCUCCGUCUUCGGCGAACCCAUCGACCCCCCCUACACAGGCCGCCUGCGAGGACUCUGCCAGAAAUGCCGCCUCAACCGCAUCUGCCAGAUCUGGCAUAACGUCCAUGAGUGGCGGGACAUCCUCAUGUUGAACCUGGCCUACCUGCGGCGCGAAGUCGACUGCUCGCCAGGGUACGGUGUCGAACUCAAUUCCGAAACCAAUGGGCUGGUACCUGGCUUGAUACGACUGCAUGAGUACGGUAUACUGAGCUGCAGCUCGCAACCUGGAGGAGUGGACCCAGACGGCGGAUUCCAAAUUGCCGAGCCAGAGGGCGAGGCUGAAGGGUGGUAUCAGGCGAGGCAAAGAGCGUACGUGGAGCUAUUGAUUCCAACAACGCAUAUAAGGAUUGGAAAGGAAAAGGUCUCGGCACUUGUUAACGAACUGCUUGCGCGGACUGAUAUUGUGGUCACGGUGUACUCCGAGAUGGACACCUAUCCGACCCCGAGGAAGAGAGAGGAUUGGAGAGCGCGCGAAGUAGCUCCCGUCCCGCCACCGUCAUUCCAACAAUACGUCUCCGGCUCGAGCCAGCACCAAGCCAACCAGGACGAUAAGCUGUACUAUUUCCGCUCUUCGAUGCCGCCAAAAGAAUAUGUCGUCACGGAAGAACGUAUGGCUCCCACUCAGGAAGCCUUAAGCGCGAUGGAGUGGAAAGGGAAGACUCGCAUGAGCACCGCGUCUGUACGAGAUCUGCAGCGCGACGGCAGACUCAACUCUAUUUGUGGGGAAGAUGAGAAGGGGAGAUGGUUCGAUGCGGUCAGCCGGAUGAGGCCUCUGGCUGUGCUUGUUGCAUCGAAAGACUGGAGUGGAGAUGUUGACUUGCUGAAGCUGGUCGAGGAUGUGUGUGUCAGGGUAGGCUUGCCGAAAGUAUUUCAGGGGAUAAAAUAUUGGAGGCUUCGUGGGAUUGGAGAUUGGAUGUUUGAGGGAGAGGAGGAGCAAGCGGGGAUUGAUUGGGCGGACGUGCAAAUUGGAUAGCUCACGCGGGGAUGAGGUCCCGUGCCGCAUGGAAUUAUGCCUUUCCAUGAUAUCGCCAUCCAUCGCCCCAAAUUCGAAGCAUUUUAGCCCACUAACUUCCACCUACCCUCGGCGAGAUCCUAAAUUCCGUGCGGGAUAUGCGCACCCAAAGUCGGGGAUGCUUCUGGUACGCUUGCUGGGCCUUUCUGUUACAUCUGCGAAUA